AUGGGCUCCUCCUCCUCCUUCCUGCCUGCCACGAGCCAUGAACCUGAAACCCUUCCUGUCAUUCCUCCCCCAGAACAGCCACGAACCCGCCCAUCCCCAUCCCGCAUAACCCACCACCACCACCUGAGUCGGGUCACCCCAGACGGCUCAUACCACCAUUACUCCUACCACGCGCUCCUCACAAAUCCGCCGUCAUGCUCUAUCUUCGCCAUGCCUGGCUCCUGGGGGCGCUAGCCAACCUGGUGGCCGCCGAUGAAACCGAUUGCAACCCCCUCAACACCACAUGCCCCGCCGACGCGGCGCUGUCUACAGAGCACACAUGGUGGUUCAACGAGACGCUAGAUGACAAGCUUUGGGACAUGCAGACGGGGGAAAUAGAAUACACAUCGGAGGGAGCAGACUUUAGCAUCAAGACCGAAAACGCCUCCACCUUGUUGGUGUCGAACUUUUACAUCUUUUUCGGCGUCAUGGAAGCACAUGUCAAGAUGGCCAAGGGUGCAGGAAUCAUCAGCAGCGUGAUUCUGCAAUCCGACGAUCUGGACGAGAUCGAUUGGGAGUGGGUGGGAUACAACACCAGUCAGGUGCAAUCAGACUUCUUCGGAAAGGGAAACACAACGACGAGUGAUCGCGGUGGCUACCAUGCCGUCGAAAACGCGGAUACCGAAUUCCACAACUACACUUCAUACUGGGACAAGGAUCGUCUGGAGUGGUGGAUUGAUGGCGAAUUGAGGCGCACGGUCAACUACUCCGAACCCCUCACCGUCUAUGGCAAGAACUAUCCCCAAACGCCGUGCAGAGUCAAGGUCAGCAAUUGGCCUGUGGGUAUUCCGUCUCAGUCGGUAGGAAAUAUCGAAUGGGGUGGUGGUUUGGUCAACUGGACCAACCUCCCCUUUACUAUGACGGUGCAGAAGAUCCGUGUCCAGGACUUUUCCUCGGGCAAGGAGUACGAAUACAUUGGCCACAAUGGCUCUUACGACAGUAUCAAGGUUGUUAGUGGAAAUUCCACUGCCGCCAAAGAAAUCUCGAAGGCACCCGCCAAGUCGCUCUCCCAGAAAUGGGACGACCUGGGCACAGCAGCCCACAUUGGCGUCUACUGCGGUGCUGCCGCAUUCGCUGCCCUCUGUAUCGCCGGCUUUGUGCUGUACUUCCUGCGCCAACGCCGCCAAGGUCGCCUUGAGCGCGCUCUUGGUGAGGGUCAGGGGGGUGCUGCCGUGGACCCGACCGAGAUGGAAACGUACAAAAAGCAAUGGAGGCAGAGCGACUGGACGACCCGUCGUGGGUACCAAGCAGUGGGACAAUAGCCUCAACACUAUUAAUUGUCGCUGGUGUUGUGCGGAAUGUUUUACGAUGGGUGAAGCACACGUCGAUUUGUUGUUCUUGUCACUUUUUCCCCUUUCUUCUUAUCAACCCAUACUUGGAUACUGACUGUCCAUUGCACAACACUUAUACUUGUUACAUUAUUAUUUUUUGAGAUACAUAUUGAGCGAUUUAAUGCGUGGUCUUAUUUUGGUACUUAUAUUAUCUAUACUGGUGUAUAUAGAUGGAGCGGAUUUUCGAUCAUAAAGCAAAG